AUGAAUAAGGAAGUGUGUGAUAGAUUUCUGAGUGUAUGGGAUGCUUUCCCUGAUACAUUGAAUAAAGGAGAAUAUGAAUUUAAAAAAAAUAAUUUUUUAGAUGGUUAUUGUGGUAGUUAUAGUUGUGAUAAUGAUGUCGAAAAAGUUAAUGCCGGAUUUUUUUAUUUGCUUAAUAAAUUCUUUGGGAGUUCUGAGUCAUCCUAUUCUGCACAAAAUGAUAUAAAUGUUGUUGAUUAUAUUAUUAUAUGGUUAAGUUAUAUGUUAAACCUAAAGGCAAGUACAAGAAAUGACAAUCUAAACUAUUUUUAUACCAUAUCUAUAAAUAGUGAUACUAUAUACAAAAAUCCUAUAACUGGUACUCCGGGAUAUAAAAGUUAUAAGGAUCUUAUAGAUGAAAAAAAAGAAUUGAUGGAUAUUUCUAAUGAAAAAAUGUCUAAACUUUAUGUUUUAUUUAAAAUUUUAUGUAAUAUGUAUAAUGAAUUGGAUGAUAAAAGUCCAAAUUGCAAUAAACAUUCGGGGAAAGCUAAAGAAUUUGUUGAAAAAUAUAAAAAAAUUAAGGAAGAUCCUAAUGUUACUGAAGGUAGUCCAUAUUAUAAAUUAUUGUCUACACUAUCAAAGGAUUAUGAUAAUUUAAAAAACAAAUGUGAUAGUUUUCCAGACCUUCUAACGAUAGAAAAAAAACAAAAUUUUGCACAAAGUUCUGAAGAUACACCAUCAAAUUCGUCGAUAACAACCAGAUUAUUUACAGUUUUAUCGAUAUUUGGUGCAAUAGGAUUUCUUUUGGGAAUUUCUUAUAAGUAUUCAUUAUUUGGAUUUCGGAAACGAUUUCAAAAACAAAAAUUAAGAGAAAAAAUAAAAAAUAUAAAGAAGAGAAUAAAUCAUUAA